CGUCCAGCCAUCAAAACACAAACAGGAGUAGUACCACUCCAGCAAGUACCGAUCCUAGAAGUCUAAGGAGGUUCGUAGACCUCUAGUGCCAAUAUGGCUGGUGUCACCACCAAUGCCGUUGCUGUUGCCAUUGUCGCACUCCUCUCCGUGCUCGUGACGUCCGUCCGUUCUGCGGAGAACUACGACACCUCCCUCGCCAAAUCCUACAGCUCCGGCUGGCUCGCCGCCAAGGCCACCUGGUACGGCCCACCCACCGGCGCCGGGCCCGAAGACAACGGUGGUGCUUGCGGCUUCAAGAACGCGAACAAGUACCCCUUCUCCUCCAUGACGUCCUGCGGCAAUGAACCUCUCUUCCAGGACGGCGCCGGAUGCGGCAGCUGCUACCAGAUACGCUGCCUCAAAAACAACAACCCUGCCUGCUCCGGCGAGCCUAGGACGGUGGUCAUCACCGACAUGAACUACUACCCCGUCGCAAGGUACCAUUUUGAUCUGAGCGGCACGGCGUUCGGCGCCAUGGCGUUCGGUGGCCAGAACGAUCAGCUCCGCCACGCCGGCAUCAUCGACAUGCAGUUCAGGAGGGUGCCCUGCAACUUCCCGGGAAUGAAGGUGACCUUCUUCGUCCUGCCGGGGGCCAACCCCAACUACCUCCCGGUGGUGCCGGCGUACGCGAACGGGGACGGGGCCGUGGUGAAGAUGGACGUCAUGCGGAGCAGGAACGGACGCCCGACGGGGAGCUGGGAGUCGAUGUACCGCUCCUGGGGCACCGUCUUUCGGUUGGACACCAGGGAGCCGCUGCAAGGCCCAUUAUCCCUGCGCAUCACCAGUGACACCGGCAAGUCGCGCGUGGCCAACAAUAUCAUCCCCUAUGGCUGGGCGGGCGGCAGAAGCUACUGGUCCGACGUCCAGUUUUGACUUACCUGCUCUUCUCGGAUCGAAUUAAUCGUUCCGGUGGCAUCUGAUCGAUCCCUAUUUACGAUGGAUCGAAGGAUUUUAAGUUAUUGCGUACUGCCAGGCGUCGUUAUUUGUGCGUCUUCCAGAUGUGUGCUUAUGUGUGUGUGUCUGUGUGUAAAAUUAAGGAGCUUAGCUGGGCAAGUGGAGUAGCAUCCAUGUGCUAUCCCGGCCACUAUCGCAGUUCCAUACCUGAUCGAGUGUGAUCAAAUCAAGUUUUAAGUUGAUCAUCAAGUUUGUAGUUUAUACACAGUACGGGUGUGUACGUCUAUUGUUCAUGUUCCUUUCUGAAAGAAAUGUGCAUUGGAUUAUCCAGUACACUCCCUGGUUCCUUAA